UUUCCCUGGUGCUCAAGUAACCCCUGCGUCCCGCCAUGGCCCAUGAGCAUGGAACUCCAAGUGGGAUUAAAAAAAUGAGAAAAAAGGGGAGAGAGAAAAUGGUCCAUUUAAGUUAAAUAUGAAGAUGAUGGGAUCGCCGUCUUUCUCUUUUUGGGAUAACGCCACAAUCGUAUAUCAUAUAUCUUCCCAAAUCGGGAAACUCUCUUCUCGCACACGCCCAACCCCAUGGAAGCCGAACGUCUUGAUUUUGGGAAGAUGGGAUAUGGGUGCAACCAUUACAGGAGAAGAUGCAGUAUUCGUGCUCCCUGCUGCAACGAGAUCUACUCAUGCCGUCACUGUCAUAACGAAGCAACGACCUUCUUCAACAAUCCCUUUGAUCGCCACGAACUCGUUCGCCAAGAUGUUCAACAAGUUGUUUGUUCGGUUUGUGACACUGAACAGCCUGUUGCUCAAGUUUGCACAAACUGUGGCGUCAGAAUGGGAGAAUAUUUCUGCGACAUCUGCAAAUUCUUUGAUGAUGAUACAGAAAAAGAAGUGUUUCAUUGUGAUGAUUGUGGGAUCUGCAGGGUUGGUGGUCGACAUAAUUUUUUCCACUGCAAGAAGUGCGGGUCUUGUUAUUCAAUUGCUCUGCGUGAUAAACAUGUAUGUGUGGAGAACUCCAUGAGGCAUCACUGUCCCAUUUGUUACGAGUACCUUUUCGAUUCAUUGAAAGACACUAUUGUUAUGAGAUGUGGUCACACAAUGCACCAUGAAUGUUACCAAGAGAUGAUGAAACGUGACAAAUAUUGUUGUCCCAUAUGCUCCAAGUCGGUGAUUGACAUGUCUAGGAUGUGGAAGAGAAUUGAUGAAGAGAUUGAAGCAACUGUCAUGCCUGAAGAUUAUCGAUUCAGAAAGGUUUGGAUUCUAUGUAAUGACUGCAAUGACACAACCGAGGUUUACUUCCACAUUCUUGGCCAAAAAUGCGGUCACUGCAAUUCAUAUAAUACUCGUGCAGUUGCACCUCCAGUUCUUCCUCAAUGACCAUUCAAGAAGGCAACAAUGUGAGGCAGAAAAUUAAAGUUAGCUCCAACCCGGUUAUGAUAAAGGGUUAUUGAAUUAAAUUCAUCAUCAAAAGUAAUUGGUGUAUUGUUUCCUGGAUAGUUUUCUUUGGUAAUUCUUCCUCCAACAUAUGGAGUAGGAUUGGUGUGUCUUCAUUAUUGAGCAGAUAUAAACAUCUGUAUACAUACAGGGAAAACUAUUUUCCCAUCACGGACUGCUGGUAAUAGUGAUGUAUUGCUACUGAAUGAUUUGAUUGCAUGGUCACCCAUAUUCACAUACAUACCUUCAUUGCGUUCCAUGGAAUCACGCCACAUUUAUUUUAUGAAGGACGGGGAACACAAUCUCCUUCAUUGUA